AUGGCCGGAGCAGUGCAAGAUGGGUUUGCUUUGCCGGAUGAUCGCCGACACGGGCCAAUGCCGAGCGUGUUGCUGUACAUUGCGACAAUCCAGCGCAUAUUCCGACGACCGGGAUUGAACGUUGACUGGUUUGCGGCACGAGUCGACCUGCCGCCGGGACAACGACAGACAGCUCAUUGUCUCUCCCGCAUUCGCUCCUCCCAUCGGUUGUCCUCCGUCUCCUUCCCCGUCUCGCCGCCCUCGCGGGACAGCUUACUUCUGGGAAGCCCGGGCGGCCUUGCGGGCGGCCAGCAGCUUGUGGAUCCACAGACCGAUCAGACCGACACCGACGACGAAGACGAUGGCGAACACAACAAUGACACCAGCCUCGCGGCCGGCCCAGUUGGAACGCUUGGCAAUGUGGGCGACAGCCUCCUCGCGCGCAGCGAGUGUGAUGGAACGGAUGGCGGCCAUUGCGAUUGUGUUGUGUGGUGA